AUGGAUCCGUUUUCCGUCUCGAGCGGCGUCGCCGGCCUCAUAUCCCUCGGCAUCACGGUCUGCAAGGGCCUCAACAUCUACUGCCAGGACUACCGGUCAAGAGACGUCGACAUCCUCCUCCUCGGGCAGCACGUGGAGCGACUGGAAGCCUUUCUGCAGCUCAUCAAAAGCCGCACCGACGGGGCUGUCGUGGUCGACCACUCCCUGUCCAACUCUUUCCGGGAGUGUUUCACCGCCUGCGAUGUCUGCCUCCAAGAUUUCAACACGCUCAGCGCCAAGUACUCUCAGCUUUCGGCCACGCAGGGUCUCAGGGAAAAGGGGAAGACAGUCAUCAGGCAGCUGCAGUAUCCCUUCCAGAAAGACAAGUUCGACAGCCUUAGGUCACAAAUGGAAGACUUCCGGUCGGCUUUUCUGAGCCUCUUGCUCUUGAUGAACCAGUACGCCUUCUUCAGAUUAUCACCGUCUUGA